AUGAGACUUCAAAGCCUCCUCGUUUUGGCAUUGAGUCUAUGUGCGACUGCCGCAGCUUUUCCACAGGACGAAAUUGAGGCUGCAAACUAUAAGCACACGACAAAAGCAAGAACUACAACCACGCAGACGCAUCCUACACACACGAAGACCAGUACCAAGACAACCACCAAGAUCCACAAGUCAACAGGAACACCCUGCUCUGGCAACACGGCUAGAACCAGAUCCAAAUGGUGCAACUACGACGUGAACACAGACUAUACUAAAACUGUGCCGAACACGGGCGUGACUCGCGAGUACUGGCUCAGCCUUGAAGAUCUCAAUUUGGCGCCGGAUGGCUUCAGCCGUUCGGUAAUGACCAUCAAUGGUACAAUCCCCGGUCCGACUAUCUUCGCCGAUUGGGGUGACUGGGUCAUCGUCCACGUCGCGAACAAUUUGAAAACAUCCAAGAACGGAACUAGCAUCCACUGGCACGGUAUCAGACAGAACUAUACCAAUGGCAAUGAUGGUGUUGUCUCUAUUACUCAGUGCCCUACUGCGCCUGGCUCAACCAUCACCUACAAAUGGCGCGCUGAGCAAUACGGCUCCUCUUGGUACCAUUCUCAUAUUGGCCUGCAGGCUUGGCAGGGUGUCUUUGGAGGAAUCAUCAUCAACGGCCCUGCUACUGGAAACUACGAUGUUGACAAGGGCAGUCUUUUCUUGACUGAUUGGUCCCAUCAGACGGUCGAUGAGCUAUAUACGGUUGCUCAGACUGUCGGUCCACCUAUCAUGGACACUGGUCUGAUCAAUGGGACCAAUGUCUUUGGCAACGGUACGAAUGCUACUGGCAAACACUUCCAGAUGAGGGUCAACUCGGGGUCAUCGUAUCGGCUUCGAAUCGUCAACUCUGCCAUUGAUACCCACUGGAAAUUCAUGAUUGACAAUCACACCAUGACAGUGAUAGGCAUGGAUUUUGUUCCUAUCAAGCCUUUCCAGGCAGAGUACAUCAACAUCGGAAUGGGCCAACGCUACGAUGUACUAAUCACAGCCAACCAACGCAGAAUCUCCGACUCAUUCUGGAUCCGCGCCAUUCCCCAAGAAGCCUGUUCCGAAAAUGCCAGUCCAGACAACAUCAAAGGCAUAAUGCACUACGGCAACAACCCCCGAACGCCAACCACCAACCCCUUCACCUUCAACGACAGCUGUGUCGACGAACCAGCCAGCAGUCUCGUCCCCCAAGUUCCGAAGACCGUCUCCGCCGCAGACUGGAGCGACAUGACCGACGUCACCGUCGGCCGCAACUCCGCCAACCUCUUCCGCUGGUAUCUCAACAGCACGACCAUGGAAGUCCUCUGGGAAGAUCCGACACUCCUCCAGCUCUACAACAACGAGAACACGCCCAAUUUCACCGCCUCCAGCGGCGUGAUUGAGCUUCCGCGUGCGCACGAGUGGGUCUAUCUUAUGAUUAAUACGAGUGUCCCUGUUGCGCACCCGAUUCAUCUACACGGGCAUGAUUUCUUUGUUUUGGCGCAGGGGUCCAAUCCGUGGGAUGGGGUCGUGCAUACGACGAAUCCGCCGCGCAGGGAUACGGCCAUGCUGGUUGGGAAUGGGUUCUUGCUUAUUGCGUUUGAGACUGAUAAUCCUGGGGCGUGGCUGAUGCAUUGCCAUAUUGGAUGGCAUACAGAUGAAGGGUUUGCGUUGCAGUUCCUGGAGAGGGAGAAAGAUAUUGAUCCGUUGAUUGACUUUGAUGGGUUGAGGGAGAAUUGCGCUUCUUGGAAUGCCUAUGAUGAGGCGUUUAAUAUUGAACAGGAGGAUUCUGGGGUUUAG